UUCUUCCAUUUUAUACCAAAAAAAAAAAAAAAAAAACCUAGUAGAAAUCCAUCAGCACAAAGUUUGAACCAAAAUCUGCAAAAAGCUGAACUGAAAUGGCAGAACAUUUAGCAUCAAUUUUUGGUACAGAGAAAGACAGAGUGAAUUGUCCAUUUUAUUUCAAAAUUGGUGCAUGUAGACAUGGAGAUCGUUGUUCUAGACUUCAUACGAAGCCUAGUAUUAGCCCAACACUUUUACUUUCAAAUAUGUAUCAAAGACCUGAUAUGAUUACACCUGGUGUAGAUGUACAUGGUCAGCCCAUUGAUCCUCGCAAAAUGCAGCAACAUUUUGAGGAUUUUUAUGAAGAUUUAUUUGAAGAACUGAAUAAGUACGGAGAGAUCGACAGCUUGAACAUUUGUGACAAUCUGGCGGAUCACAUGGUGGGCAACGUUUAUGUUCAGUUCAGAGAGGAGGAACAGGCUGCAAAUGCUCUAAAAAAUCUUACUGGAAGAUUUUAUGCUGGGAGGCCCAUCAUUGUUGAUUUCUCUCCUGUAACGGAUUUUCGUGAAGCCACCUGUAGACAGUAUGAAGAGAAUAGCUGCAACCGUGGUGGAUAUUGCAACUUUAUGCACCUAAAAAGGAUCAGCAGGGAGUUGAGACGCCAGUUGUUUGGGAGGUAUAGGAGAAGGCACAGCCGAAGCCGAAGCAGAAGUCGAAGUCCUUACAGGCAUCAUAGCUAUGAAGAGCGCUCUCACAGGAGUCAUAGUAGUAGAAAAUAUGAUGAUAGAGAUUAUUAUCAUGAGAGUCGGAACAGGAGGCAUACUAUGAGUCCUGGUCAUAGGAGGGGUAGGAGCCGGAGCCCUCGUCGCAGGAGGGAUCGAAGUCCAACUAGGGAUAGUAGUGAAGAGAGACGUGCAAGAAUUGAGCAGUGGAACAGGGAAAAAGAAGAGGCAGAACUUUCUAACAGGACUAUUGCAGAUGGGACUAAUUACAACAACGAAAGCAAUGAGAUGGGAUACUAAUGAGUACAUUGUGUAGAGGUUCGUCUCCUUGUCUCCCCUAUGGUUGAUGUUUUGAUUUCUUCCAAGAGACAAUUGUCUUCUAAGAAAGGCCACCUGCCAUGAAGUAUACCUUACUGCCAUUUUCGACUGUGCAGGUGGUGCAGGUUUUCAAUUCUGUGCUAUCCAAUGUGAAAUUUCAACCCUGUUUUAUGCUUUUCCGGCUUUUGCAUGUUUUCUUGUGCGUCAUGCAUUUUACAUUGUCAUAUCAUUGCCUUUGUAACUAGGGCUAGCAAAAUGGUAAAAAAAAUUUAAAAAUAAAAAAAAAAAAUCGACCCAUCAGACAUGGGUUGGAUAACCUUUUUAAAAAUGGAUCAAAUAUGGAUAUUAUCCACUAAAAAUGGAUAUCCAAAUUAUCAAUACCCAUUUGUCUGCUGCUUAUUUUUCAUGAGUUCUUGCUUUUUGGGAGUCGAAGCUUAUUUUGGCUUUUAGCUUGUGUUCUCACCUGAUUAUCCAUUUUUUGUUUAACCCAAUUUCGACCUGCCAUAUGAUCAUAUCCGAUCUGACUCACCCGUUUUUGACCCACCAAUAUCCGAUCUGACUUGCCCGUUUGACACUCCUACUUGUAACCUUUCUGCUAAUUUCCUUAUCCUCCCAGAACUUUGCUUUGGCCAUCCUUCUUUCUGUUUGCUUCUCCCUCUUGUGAAGCUCAUUGCUUGUUCAUAUGCUUUUUGACUGACUUGACCUUUCUUUCACAUGAAAACUAUACCUGCUUUAUGCUUUUUGGGACAGUUUUUUUGGUUAUUAAUUUAGAUUUUCUGGGAGUUUUAUAAUGAAGUGCUCUUCAAGGUCAAUGUAGGAUCUAAACGUUUCUGCUAUGACAUUUUAGUGUUUGUGAAUUAAAAUUACCUCAAAAUUCAGUAACAUUCCUAGCCCACUUAAAUUUUUACCAUCUAUCUUCAUUAUUUUCAUUCUUCUUUAACUUUAUUCAGUAAAUGAGUAACUGGAUUCUUCCCUAGUGUUAGUCUUGUAAGCGUCUGUGUGUAAUUAUUACAUUAAGGAUAAUGUCUAAAUUGAACCUGUAAUUGCCUAAAGGUACCAUACAGUAUAAAGUUUUGCUUUUCAAGAGCAUUGUCUUCCACUCUAUCCGUUUCAUUUUAUAUGGUGGUGUUGUGACUGCAUGGAAUUUAAGAAAAGAUAAAAUUUCGUCAGAGGGUAAAAUGUGAAGUUUAUAGUUAAAAGAGCUUCCAAGUAUAGAUAGGUAUUACUCUUUUUGAAAUAGACUAAGACUGUCACAUUAAAUGGAUCAGAGGGUGACAUUUGUAACACUUUUAUAAACCUAUAAUUUUCACCUCACACUCUUCUCCAUGAUUAUUAGUACUUCCCAAUUAGAUAGCCGCUGGUAUUGUACAGAAACAACUACUGCACCUUAGUUUCAGACAGGGUAGGGUCAGCUGUAUGAAUCCUUAAUGAUCAUGUUCUUCCAUUUAUUCAUCAUUGACAUUGGUAUUGUAUUUCAUGGAGUUUAUUAGUGCCAAUUCUAUGCCAUCUUAAUGUUUAAUUUCCUAGGUGUUUUUCUAGGUUGUCCACCCAAAUGUUUCCUUUUCCUUUUUCAUGGGGUUAUCCUCUUGUUUUGGUUGUGGGGUCUGUUUAAGAAUGUUUUGUAGUGAGAACAGCAUGAAUGGACUUUACAAUUAUCUUGCAAAUGUGCUAAAGCUUGUAUGCAGUUAGGUUCUUUGACCAGAGCACAUCCAGGCUAGUAGCUUUCCCAGCAGUUCUUUGUUUUGAAUUCUGUUUAUGGAAGUUAGUCUUAUACAUGAAUGGACUUUAAAAUUAUCUUGCAAAUGUGCUAUGCUUGUAUGCAGUUAGGUUUUUUGACCAGAGCACAUCCAGGCCAGUAGCUUUCCCAACUUUUCUUUGUUUUGAAUUUUGUUUAUGGAAGUUAGUCUUACAAGUUUAACGAGUUUUGCAGGUCCAGGUUUCCCUGCAUAUAAGGACUAUAAGGGGCGUGAUUUUAAUUACAGCUUAUCAUGAACUGUGUGACAGGUGGUCGGAGCUAACUCAAGAUUUGUCCCAACAGGUUUGGUUUGACAUAAGGCAUUUGCAGGAAAGAGUUGGAAGUACUUUUAAAGGCUUUUUUGUGGCGUUUACUAAAGUUCUUGUUCUCUGUCUUAUUUUGGGGUAAUGCAGCUUAGGAGUAGGUAUAUGACGACUCUUCUAGCUAUAACUUUGCAUGGGACCUUGGUGAACUGGUUCUGUCAAGAUGACUUUAUUAGCCAUGUGUAUGAUUGGUUGAACUUGUUAGAGAUUUUCUUGAAGGUUUAGGCAACUUAGUCUGUAACUUCUAUCUGAAGAGUAUCUUGAUGUUCAGGCAUUUGCAUUUUUUUCACUACAUGUUCAUUGACGGGUGGAACUGUGAUUGUUCUGUCAGAUCCAGAUGUGUGUCCCAGAAUUAGUUUUAACCUGAUAUGCAUUGAGACUUGUUAACUGUUAUCAA